AUUUCCGAAAGAGUCUUCCUUUGAAAGAAGAACAGCCGAUUUCCUGACAUUUAAUUGUUGAAUCAUGGCGGCUACCAAUGUCAUGCGGCGAGAUGAGAGCCUUCUUAUUGAUCCCCUUAGAGGAGAUACUUCUUGUUUCAUUGAAAUUGAUAUUCGGGACAACAGCAAAGGAGAAGCUAGUGAAGAAUUGCAGUUGCUGAAAUCAGGCGCUUCUGGUUUUGUUAUUUCGUUGAAAGAUCUGCGUUCUUCUAGGGAUGUAGCUCUUCGCCAGUGUCUUGAUGGAGCUUAUGUUAUGGAGGAAGUCUCCCUUCUAAUUGAUGCUGUUUCUCGGAUUUAUGAGCCGUUUCUGAUGGUUAUAGUGGGGGAAUUUAACUCUGGAAAAUCAACGGUUAUCAAUGCACUUCUUGGGAAGAGAUACCUGAAAGAGGGGGUAGUCCCCACUACCAAUAAAAUCACUUUUCUGUGCUACUCUGACUUGGAAUCCGAAGAGCAACAACGUUGCCAAACACAUCCAGAUGGCCAAUACGUAUUCUAUCUUCCUGCACCAAUACUUAAGGAUAUAUAUAUUGUUGACACACCUGGGACCAAUGUGAUCCUUCAAAGGCAGCAGCGUCUUACAGAAGAAUUCGUUCUUUCUGCUGACCGCCCUUUAACUGAAAGUGAGGUUGCGUUUCUCCGGUACACACAGCAGUGGAAAAAGAAAUUUGUGUUUAUUCUGAAUAAAUCUGAUAUCUACCGUGAUGCUCGUGAGCUUGAGGAAGCUAUUUCAUUUGUUAAAGAGAAUACACGGAAGUUGCUUAAUACAGAAAAUGUGAUAUUGUAUCCGGUGUCCGCACGGUCUGCUCUUGAGGCAAAGCUUUCAACAGCUUCUUUGGUUGGCAGAGAUGAUCUUGAGGUCUCGGAUCCUGGGGGAGACACAUCUAGUCCUUGUGUUACAGAGAAUGAUGGUAAAGUCACAGAAGCUAGUGGACAGGUGUCUCCUCCCACAGGUUGUGUUAAGAAAUUGCCUAGUAGGCGAGCUGGAGUUAAUAAAGAGCCUGUUAAGCGAGGAGGAGUGAAGAAAGAGGCUGCUCGAAGAUGUGAGACUGCGGUUAAGAACAAGAAAGAUGAUGAAGCAAAAAAGGAUGAUGGAGACAAUAUUGAGAUGUUGAAAAUUUUCAUAUUGGAGCAACACUUAGAGACAGUAAAAACACUGAAGGCAGAGAUUCAUAAUUGUUUUGCUGGGCUGACUAAAUGUGCAUGUGGUGGACUGCAAUCUCCAAAAAACCACACCACAUUGCAUCAGAAAGUCGGCAAGUCUGAUGUUCAGGUCAUAAAUUUAGAAGCUGGUAAGACGGUGACGGACAAUAAGAAGUGGAAAAGGACUGAAGUGGAGACGGAGCCACUACUAAGGAGGGACGUCCAGAGACUACAACUGACGCCACUGAGAGAUGGGAAAAAAACUGCAAAUGAGGCCUCUGACACUGAGGGUGGACAGGUGGAGGGUGUACAUGUGGAGGGUGGACAGGCCACUAAGGAAGGACUUCCAGAGACUACAACUGACGCCAUUGAGAGAUGGGAAAAAACUGCUAAUGAGGCCACUGACACUGUGGGUGGACAGGUGGAGGGUGUACAUGUUGAGGGUGGACAGGCCACUGAGAUGGAGGACGUCCAGAGACUGCAACUGACGCCAUCUGGUAAGUUGUACAGAGAUGCAUGGUGUGAUCUUGACUUGCAGGAAAUGGAAUUUGAAAACGAAUGGGGAUCGGGUGAUGAUUCACCGUUUGCUGAACACAAUGCACUUACCAUUUUGCCAUCUGGUUUAGAAGAUGGGAAUGAAGCAAUGAUUACGGAGCCGGUAACUGAUGAAAUAGAUACAUGCGGAGAGGGAGAGUCGAAGAGAGUGCCACGUGCUUCGAUAUUCGUCAAGGGAGGAGAGUGUACUGGUGACGCCAAGUUAAAAGCUCUAAUCACAAGCAAGCGAAAAACACCAGAUUACCACCCCAUAUCCCGUGCAAACUUGGAGGAAUAUGAGGAGUUCAAAAACAUGUUGGAGGAGAAUGAGGAGAUAAGGGAAGACGUGUACACCAGAGGAAGAGCAGUUUUCAUUGAUACAUGGUUUUUGACCCUGUUAAAAAAGAAGUACACCGAAUUUAAAGCGUACAAGAAGAAGUUGAAGUUCAACUGGGGGGACUAUACCAGAACAAGAGAGGUGACAGUGGACCAGUUGCAAGCAAAAUUCCUUGAAAUGCACGCGUAUGGGCUUAGCACAGAUGAUAUGGGAAAGAUUACGGAUGAGAAGGUUGACGAGUUUGAGGAAGAUCUUAGUACGACUAGGAAUACUGUGCGUCCUCCCCCGAUUGAUCACUCCAGGGUGCAUGUGUCUGCCUAUCUGAUUGAGCGCAAACUGAUGAGGCUCAAACAGGGGCCCACAGACUUGAAGACUGCAAAGUCAGACGGUGAGACGUUGGUCUAUUGGGACAUCAAGUUGUGUCCGGUUCCCCACGACUGUGAUGCUAUUCUUGUCGGUCCGCGCAUCAAACGCUUCUUGAGGAAAGAAGGCUUCUCUGGUUCUCUCACCAUUGUUGCCAUUGGCGUACUAGCAGACGUCCCUACUUACAUCCUGAGAGCACUCUAUUCCAGUGGCAUCACAUUUCAUAUCGUCCCCUACGGUUCUGCAGACAUCCCGAGCCUCAUUUUUGAGUGUUGCCAUAGGAAUGGACCUCUACGUAAUAUAAUGGUCAUAUCCGAUGACAUAUACUUGACUAAUCAGUCUGACGUGCUACAUUCAACACCAUUUUGCAACUUUAAGCUGCUUAAUUCUCUUCAAAGCUUUUGUCUGGCAGACUCGGUGACACUUGAGGAGGAUGAUUGCGGUGAUACGGGUGAAUCUCCCUUUUGGUUUUGCUCAGUAUGCAAUUUCCGAAAUGUUCCUUGCCAAAGCUUUGAUAGUUUCACCAAGCAUCUCUUUGGUACCUACCAUCAACGGAAGUGGUUGGACAUGUGGCGUAUGAGAAGUGUACAUUGCUUGGAUGCACCACUACGUGAGCCUCUUGAGGAAAACCGGAAGGCUGUAACAUCGGUCUAUUGGGACAUCAAGAGGUGUCCGGUUCCACUUGGCUGUGAUCCUCAUCGUGUCGGUCCGUGUAUUAAACGGUUUUUGGAGAAUAAAGGUUACUCUGGUCCUCUCACCAUCACUGCCAUGGGCACACUAGAUGACGUCCCUAAUGACAUCCUGAGAGGAGACCAUACAAGUGGAAUCGCUCUUGAUUGCAUCCCCUACGGGUUUUCAAUCUCUCUGGAACGUCAUAUUUAUGAGUUUAUCGAUCGGAAUCCACCUCCAGCUAAUGUAAUGGUGAUAUCCGAUGCAAAACAGUCCGCUUCUGAUGCUGUUUUCGUGCUACAGUCGAAGGGAUACAACUUUGUUGAGCCGGUUCCAUGUGAUUCUCUUGAAAGCGUUUUUCUGGCAGAUUCAGAGGCACUUGAGGGGGAUAAGUGCAGUGAAACAAGUGAAUCCUUGCUGGGGGACUUGCAUUGCUGGGUAUGCUACCGUGAUUUUCCUCGCCAAGACAUUGAUAGUUUCACCAACCAUUUCUCUGGUACAUACCAUCAACAAUUGUUGUCUGACAGGAUAAGUGAACAAUGCUUGGAUGCACCACUAUGUGAGCCUCUUAAGGAAAACCGGAAGGCUGUAACAUCGGUCUAUUGGGACAUCAAGAGGCGUCCGGUUCCACUUGGCUGUGAUCCUCAUUGUGUCGGUCUGUGUAUUAAACGGUUUUUGGAGAAAAAAGGUUACUCUGGUCCUCUCACCAUCACUGCCAUGGGCGCACUAGAAGACGUCCCUAAUGACAUCCUGAGAGGAGUCCAUACAAGUGGAAUCGCUCUUGAUUGCAUCCCCUACGCUAACGUAAUGGUGAUAUCCGAUGCAAAACACUCUGCUUCUGAUGAUGUUUUCGGGCUACAGUCGAAGGGAUACAACAUUGUUGAGCCGCCAUGUGAUUCUCAUGCAGAUGAAAGCGGCUUUUUUCUGGCAGAUUCAGGGGCACUUGAGGCUUGCGGUGAAACGAGUGAAUACUUGCUGGGGAUUUUGUAUUGCUGGGUAUGCUGCCGUCGUUUUGAUAACCUUAAAAAUUUCACCUUUCAUCUUGCUUGUAAGCAACAUCAACGUAAGGUAAAUCAAGCAUCCUAGCCAAACUGGACGGAUUUGUUGUAUUAAUACAUUUUUGUCAUUGCU